AUGGUCUUCAGCAAAGAAGAGGCAGACGGCCUGACUGUGACCAAGGAUGCGGCAGAACAAGCUCACAUCGAUGCAGAGGAAAUUGCAACGUGGAGGCAGAACACCAUUGACACGGUGGAUCUUGCCCAUCAGAACGACUUCGUCGCGCUGAAAUUCAUGGAUGCUGGACGGCAAGUGCUCCGACAUCUCCAGGCGACCAUUGCAUGUUCAUCAGAGUUCGAGCAGGCUGAGCACGACAUCUACACUAGAAGGAACUCCCUAGUGCAGAGCCUCCAACAUUUCUGCUCGGAGACCGUCCCACCUUUCUAUAGAACCGAGUACACAGCACCGGCCACUUUGACCUCUUUGGAUCUCAUUCAAUCAUACCCUUCGCGCUACCAAAUGUCGGCAGACGGCGAAACCGUCCCUAAGGACGGAACUGAAGUGACAGACACCGGCAAAUACAAGGGGAAAGCGGUGGAGCAACCCGCAAUGAUGGGGGAGGACGAACUUGACGACGAGAAAGAGGAAGAAGAGGCCAGUAUCGUUCUAUUGCAUGAUAUCAGUUGCCGACAGCUACACGGACUUCCAUAUUGA